AUGUCGACAGAGCAAAGGAAAAAGCAGCAGAACAAGCAAAAGAACAAGCAUAAAAAAAAGCAAAAGGAAUUUGAUCCAGUUAAAGCGAAAGAAACAGCUGAGAGAAUCGCGGCAAUUGAAAAGAAAAGACAAAGUGUUAUAGAGAUUGUAAGAGAAUCUUUAGCAAAGAAACUUUCUGAAAAAUUGGCAUUACAAAAGGAUCGUGCCGAUAAAGAGGAAAGAGCGGAAAAGAAAAUUAUAAGAGAUGCCGAUAAAACGAAAAGUGAAAAACAAAUGCUACAGAUACGAGAUCAUAUGGGUACGAUUGUCGAAGCUGGUAUAAAAUCUGUUUAUACGUCUGCGAUCGUACCAAAGAAGAUAAAGUACGAUGGGAAAUCAACGUUAACUAUCAAAGAAGUAAAAUAUAAAUUAAGGAACAACUUGCACAUCGUUGGUUGGGGUAGAGAAGCUAUUACGAUGAGUUCAGCAUUUGAAAGGAUCGUUGGGAAACAAUUGAAAAAGGGAUGGAUGGUGGUCCCUCGAAAAUCGCUGUUUAUGAUGUGGACCUUUCCAGAAGCAUUCCCUAAGCUCGAUAGUCGUAUAACUUACAUCGAAGGUGGCACCGAUGGGAAACCAGAUAAUAAAACAGUCCAGGCUAACCGAAAAAUCAUAGAGUAUUGCAAGAAGUUAAAGAAAAAAGAUAUUUUAAUAGUCAUGUUGUCCCAUGAUAUCGACGAUCUUUUGUGUUGUCCCAAAGAAACGAUUUCAUUGAAAGAUAAGCUUAGGUUGUUGAAUAGGUUGGAACAAUUAGAUGCUACUCCUGAAGAAAUCAAUAUCGUGAGAAAUAAAUUGUCAGCUAUAAGAGGUGGUGAUUUAUCUCGUCUGACUUAUCCCGCGAAAAUUAUCAUUUUGAUCACGUCCGAUAUAGUGGACGAACCGAUGGAUUUUAUUGGAGGUGGUCCAUGUACUUACUAUCACAAGGGCGAGGAAGCAUUCGCCAUAUUGGCAAAAUACAAUCUGAUCAAUAAAAUAUCUCAAAGCAUUCGAGACUUAGUACAAGAAACCGUACCAUGGGAAACCGUUGCGGAUAGUCAAUUGGAUGAUCAACAGAAAUAUAAAUUUGUCCAGUCUUACGUGAUAGCUUGUAAUGCCGAUGCUAUAGAGUAUAUGGCGAUUGCGACCUACACUUACGGUUUAUUACCCGUUAAACUUAAUUCUGCUUGCUCCGGUACGAUCGAAGAAUUCGCUAGGGAAUACGUGAAAAUGGCCUCGUUGAUGAUACUCGCUGUCGAGGGAAAGAUCACUAAAUUCGACAUGUACGAAAUAAUGAAAGAUAGCACAGUUUGUCCAUUGACCGAUGAAAAAAUUGUCGAGAUAUUCCCUUCGAAGGAAGAAUGGGCUUUAGGAUUGUGUCUUUUGUUAGGAGGUCGACCAACGAUCGAUCUUUCUUCGAAUAAUGGAAAAGGUGGUCCCAAUCAAGAGCUUGCUCUUUACUUUGCUCGAUAUUGGCACUUGCGUACGGAACAGUAUCCAAUUUUGAGAAUGUACACCGUCUGGUUUCUCGGUGGAAGUUCUUAUGGUCGAGAUGGUAAUAUGGACGCAGCCGGUGCCUUUGGCUACAAGAACCUCUAUACUGACAUUUAUCCAGAAUAUAAAAAAAUCAAGGAUAAGUAUAGGGACGCUCAUCUCAAAUGGUUUGACCUUGUCGAGAAACAGGCAACUGACGAGGAAAUAUUGGAUGCUCGUGGUAAAGUAAAUAAUUUAAAAAAAAUAAAGAAAACGUAUGCCAGUAUUCUUCCAGAUACGGUUUUGAACGAACACAAUACGAAUUUGUUAUUGCAAGCUGUAAACGAUGGUGAUGAACUUUUCGAAUUGAAAACUGGAAAUUACUAUACAUUUACAAACGUCGGCGAUAUAUAUGCUAUAAGAAUUGUUCGAUUUCAAUGCAAUUGUGAUGGUCUUUGUCAUAAGGACAUAUUAUGCGAUGAUAAAGAAUGUCCUGUUAAUCUAACGUCGUCGAAUAGCGAGAUGAAGCCUUUUUGUGGUAAAAUUGGUGAACCGAAACAAUUAGUUUCUUGA